CUGAGCCGCUGUCGCCUGGACUUGGGGCUGCCACCGGCCCCUCAGGUGCUGCCCCCGAGCAUGGCCGUGCUGGACACCCCGCAGGAGGCCUUCGCGGCACUGCGCCCCGCCUGCGUGCAGCUGACGAAGAUGCAGACGUUGGAGAACGUGGCGCAGCUGCGGGCUGGCCUGGCACUAGUCAGUGCCCCGGCCCUGCAGGAGCUGCAGGAGUAUGUCCUCUUCCCGCUGCGCUUCACCCUGAAGGUGCCCAAGCCCAAGCAGGAGCGGCUGGUGCAGAGCGUGGUGCAGUGCAUCGCCACCGUCCUCGCCACGACGCGCAUCAAGAAGCAGGAGCUCCUGCAGGAGUUGUUUUCCGAGCUCUGCACAUGCCUUUCCCCGCUCUCAGGUUCAAGCAAAAAGGCCUCACCCUCAGAGGAGCUAAAGCUCACCGUAAUCCACGCACUCCACACACUGAUGCAUUCAGCAUACAAGGAUGUCAUCCUGUCUCUGUACCAGCCUUCCACCCUUCCUCUCUUAGGAUUUGCAGUAUCUCUGCUUCUGGGCCUGGCAGAGCGAGAAAAGGCAAAGCAAAUCAAGAUCUCUGCUUUGCAGUGCUUGCAGGUCCUGGUUCUGCAGUGCGACUGCCAGGAGCAUUGGCCCCUCAACGAGGAUGAGAUGCAGCAAUGUGGGGACUUGUUUGCUUCUUUUCUGCCUGGGAUCUCCAUUACGCUGUCACAGAUUAUUACGGGAGACAUCAAACAAGGCCACAAAGCCACCGUUUCUGCCAUCAGACUCUUUUAUCUGGUUGUUGGCUCAGUAAUGGCUGAUGCACAGCUAGCCAGAGUCCCCAAGAAUAAAGAAAAGCCACAAGCAGAACAAAGCCGAAUACAAGAGCUAAUGGUCCAUCGAGGGCCUGAAUGGAGCAGAAGCACUGCUGAGAAACUCUCCCUCCUCCUGCAUAAAGUGGUUGAGUUUUCCUCAGUUCACCCACACUGGAAAGUGCGACUGGAGCUGGUGGAGCUGGUCCAGCACUUGCUGAGGAGCUGCAGCCAGUCCCUGGUGGGCUCGUUCAGCCAUCUGCUAAAGGCCCUGGUUGGGCUGGUGAGUGAUGAAAACGGCGACGUCCAGAGCAGGUGUAAUGAGGUUCUGCGAGGCAUUGCAGAGCAGAGGAUUGUAGUGCAGAACAGGGCUCUGGCUGACGUCCUCUCCGAGAACCUCCAUGCCCUUGCCACAGCCCUUCCUCGCCUGAUGAACUCCCAGGAUGAUGCGGGCAGGGUCUCCACGUUGAGCUUAUUGCUCGGCUACCUGAAGCUGCUGGGCCCCAAAGUUAACAUCGUCCUGAACUCCGUGUCCCACCUCCACCGCCUGUCCAAAGCAUUGAUGCAGGUGCUGGAGCUGGAUGUGACGGACGUGAAGAUCGUGGAGGACAGGCGCUGUGGCCCAGCAGGCUCCUUGCAGCACAGCUUGCUGAGUGGCAGACGCCAGAAGAAAUACUUCCGCUUCUUCACAGAGGAGAAAGUUUUCCAGCUCCUUCAGCAAGUUUGCCGUGUCCUUGGCUACUAUGGGAACCUCUAUCUGCUUGUGGAUCAUUUCCUGGGGCUGUACGUCGAGUCAGGGCUCUACCGAAAGCAGGCAGCGAUGGUCCUCAAUGAGCUGAUGGCAGGAGCUGCUGGGCUGGGAGUGGAUGUCCUUCACGAGAGGGAAGUUUCGCUGAGUGUGGAUGAUCUCAAAGGGUCCAUAAUGUCCAUUCUGGAUGAGUACACAGACCAGGCAAACUGGUAUUUGAUCACGAGCAUUGAUGCAGAGGAAAUCGGCCAUGAGCACACAGUGCAACGUCCAGGACUUGCUGCCCGCACAGGAGGCACGCACAGCAGCAUUCUCCUUCCAUCCCCAGAGCCUUGCAUCACGACCCGCACCAUGAACAGCAACAUCUGGCAGAUCUGCAUCCAGCUGGAAGGUGUCAGCUGCUUCGCUGCUGUCCUUGGGAAGGAGUUCCGGUUGCUGCUGCUCUCGGCACUCUACCCUGUGCUGGAGAAGGCUGGUGACGACACUCUACUCAUCAGUGAGACAGCACUGGGGACUCUGGUUGACAUAUGCGAGGCCUGCGGUUAUGACUCUGUGCAGCAUUUGAUUAAUGAGAAUUCUGACUACCUGGUGAAUGGGAUUUCCCUGAAUUUGCGCCAGCUGGCACAUCAGGCACACGCUUCCCAGGUCCUGGACACUAUGCUGAGGCAUUCAGAUGCCAGCUUGCUGCCCCUGGUAGAAGAUGUUAUCCAAGAUGUCCUGUCUACGCUAGAUCAGUCUUACAAUAACCAGGCUUCCACUUUCCUCAGGGUCCUCCACUCAGUAAUGACAGCUUUAGUGCAGUGGUUCUGCUCGCCCUGCGGGGAGGAGCACCAGGAGAAUUCGGCUGCCAAGCAGAGGAGCAGAGAUUCAUCCCAGGGACAGCAGGUGGUGACGGGGCACGAAGUGGAGCGAUUCUUCUUUGACUACAUCCAACAGAAGCAGAUCGCAGAGGGCGAUCUUCCCGACACAGGGGGUGAGGAGGCAGAUGAGGAUCCCUCCCUCACCAAGCUGGAGCCAAAUGGCUCUGACCCAGAAGGAGAAGCUCCGCUGCCGAGCCAUGCUCAGGUGGCCAAAGAUGUGAUGGAGAGGUGCAUCCACCUGCUGUCUGACGGGAACCUCCGCGUGCGGCUGAAGGUCCUGGAUGUGCUGGAGCUCUGUGUCACCAUGCUGCAUCCUCAUGGAAACCACUUGCUUCCCAUGGCUCACCGUGUCUGGCCAGCUCUCGUCACCCGGCUGAUUAGCGAUGACCCCCUGGCAGUGCUCAGAGCCUUCAAGGUGCUGUGUACCCUGGCCAAAAACUGUGGGGACUUUCUGAGGCAGAGAUUCUCCAAGGAUGUCCUGCCCAAGCUGACCAGUUCCCUUCUCAGCCAGGCCCCAGCCAGCGCCAGAGCCGGGCCCGUGUACAACCACACACUUGCCUUUAAGUUGCAGCUGGCUGUGUUGCAGGGCCUGGGCUCUCUGUGCGAGAAGCUGGACAUGGGCGAGAGCGACCUGGAUAAAGUAGCAGAUGCCUGCCUGAUUUACCUCAGUGCCAAGCAACCCCUGAAACUGCAAGAAGCUGCCCAGAGUGUUUUCUUCCACUUAAUGCACGUGGACCCUGACAGCACCUGGCUCCUCCUGAAUGAGGUCUGCUGCCCCCACCAGUACGAACCCCCCCAUGCCAGCCUGCGGCCCGUGAAGCUGAGCGGGAUGGGGAGGCAGCGCAAUGAGUUCACCGACAACGUGCUUUUCCUUCUGGAGAGGCUGCAGCAGCAGGAGAGCACGACGCCUCAGACUGGCACCAGAGAGGCAUCUCCUUCUUGACAGAGCUACAUAGCAGCUGGGAGGGGAAAGAGGAACCCCAGGCUGACCUGGAUGGAGCAUCCACCCAUGCCCCAGCAUGGCCACGCAGGUGGGCACAUGGGCUCACAGUGCGGGUGGUGACAGUGGGGCUGAGCAUGGGGACCCUGGCAGUGCCACAGUUUGCUAGAGCAGGUGUGACGUGCUGAGGAGGGAAAGCAGAGAGGAUAAGGAGUCUUUGGGGUCUGCUUGCAGCCCCUGCCAUAGGGUCUCCCCUCCAGAGCCUGGCUUAGGCUCACUACUCACCUGGAAGCGCUGUCAUGUGCUCCAGUUCCUGAGGCUCCAUUCCAGGGAUUCUGCAGGUGCUCCUUCACUCGGCUGCUCCCGGACCGCGCUGUCUUAGGAUUGGUGACCUACACCCGGAGCCACUGCUGGCAGCUGCCUCCCGACAGGCACACGGGAGAGUUUUGUGCUGAUAAAGAGAAAGGACAGAUCUCAACUGUACGUUUGGAAGCAAGCUUAGAAGUGCAAAACCUA